AUGGAACUAGAAGCGGCCGAGCCUGUAGAGUCGCAUGCUCGGUGGGGAUCUUUUUUUGCUAACCACUGGAAGGGAUGUGUUGUAUUCCUAAUGCCUCUGGUUUGCCUCCCCAUUAUAUUAAUGAACAAUAUUCCGGAGUACAGAUGUAUGUACAUCUUAUUGAUAAUGGCUGUGUUUUGGGUCACAGAGGCGUUACCGUUAUAUGUUACAUCAAUGAUACCAAUUGUUGCAUUUCCCACAAUGGGCAUUAUGGGAUCCGAAGAGACGUGUAUGACCUAUUUUAAGGAUACAUUAGUUAUGUUCAUGGGCGGCAUUAUGGUUGCGCUAGCAGUGGAAUACAGUGGUCUACACAAGCGUCUAGCACUGAGAGUUAUUCAAAUGGUGGGCUGCAGUCCCAGAAGACUACAUUUCGGCUUGAUUAUGGUGACAAUGUUCAUAUCCAUGUGGAUUUCCAAUGCAGCUUGUACUGCUAUGAUGAGUCCGAUUGUACAGGCGGUGCUUGAGGAGCUCCAAGCGCAAGGAGUCUGCAAAAUCUAUCAUGAGCCAGAGUAUCAAAUGGUUGGUGGAAAGAACAAAAAGAAGAAUGAGGACGAAUUACCCUAUCCAACAAAGGUUACCCAAUGCUACUACCUAGGUAUUGCAUAUGCAUCGUCUCUGGGUGGAUGCGGCACCAUAAUUGGCACGGCAACAAAUCUAACAUUCAAGGGCAUCUAUGACACUGCUUUCCCCAAUUCUACCGAGAAACUAGAUUUCCCCACGUUUAUGUUCUAUUCGGUGCCAUCAAUGUUGGUUUACACAGUACUUACGUAUGUUUUCCUACAAUGGCAUUUUAUGGGUCUUUGGCGGCCUAAGAGUAAGGAGGCUCAAGAGGUACAGGUGGGUAAGGAUAACGCACAUGUGGCCAAGAAAGUCAUUGAUCAACGCUAUAAGGAGCUGGGUCCCAUGAGUAUACAUGAAAUCCAAGUGAUGAUUCUAUUCAUUAUCAUGGUCUUCAUGUACUUCACACGAAAACCAGGUAUCUUUACCGGAUGGGCUGACUUGCUACCCGACAAGGUUAUCAAAAACUCGAUGCCUACCAUUUUUGUGGUGAUCAUGUGCUUCAUGCUGCCGGCGAACUAUGCAUUCCUACGAUACUGCACACGUCGCGGACCUGUGCCGACGUCGCCGACACCCUCACUGAUCACCUGGAAGUUUAUUCAGUCUAGGGUGCCAUGGGGCUUGAUCUUUCUGCUGGGUGGUGGCUUCGCCCUGGCAGCUGGCAGUAAGCAAAGCGGCAUGGCAACAUUGAUUGGCAAUUCCAUGAGUGGUCUGAAGGUGCUUCCUAAUGCAGCAUUGCUAUUGGUCGUCAUUCUUGUGGCUGUAUUUCUGACCGCCUUCAGCUCAAAUGUGGCCGUUGCCAAUAUUCUCGUACCUGUGCUCAACGAAAUGUCACUGGCUCUGAAAAUUCAUCCUCUGUACCUGGUGCUUCCAGCAGGCCUCGCUUGCAGCAUGGCCUUCCAUUUGCCGGUGAGCACGCCACCAAAUGCUUUGGUAGCUGGCUAUGCGCAUAUUCGCAGCAAGGAUAUGGCGAUAGCAGGCAUUGGACCUACGAUUAUCACAAUCAUUGUGCUAUUCAUUUUCUGUCAAACUUGGGCUAUGGUCAUCUAUCCAAACUUGGACACAUUCCCGGAAUGGGCACAAAUUGCCGCCGAGGAAGCAGCCAACAAGAGUCGCUUGCUAGCCGAGUUAGCUGUUAAUAAGGCGCACAUGUUGGAGCUGGCGGCAAAUGCGACUCGCCUAUUGACAAACAAUACUGAAUUUUUAACAGAUCUAACCACUGGUAGCUCAAAUUUGGUGAGCGGCCUGAUUGCCAAUAGCUCACAACCAUUAGCUCAAUUAGCCGUCAAUGGCACACGAUUGUUAACUGAUAUUGCCUUAAACAAAACCCUUUAAUUGGAGAUAACUAAAUAGUUGUCUUGUCUAAAAGUGGUCACGAGCUCCACGAAUAACGUCGCUGGGGGACUAUCACAAGUGCCUUUGACAAAAUAUUUGUACAAUAUACAACACAUUAAGUAAAGAAUUCAAAAACAAUAAAAACAACUGAAAACUAAGCUAAACAAUUAUACUUUGGAACGAAUUUACAAAGCCCA